GCCACGUGACACAGUAUCAUCCGGGUUUUGCGGCGCAAACAUUCGACGUCACGUGACUCGGCGGCAUCUUAGUGUCCAAAGGUAGAGCCUAACAUGGCUUCCUUGGGCACUACGACUGAUCGAAAAAAAUCGUUUUGUAUCAUAGGUCUCCAAACUGAGCUCACGCCAAGCAACCUCGAUGAGUCCGGAGUGAAUAACGUGCUCAUGUCCAGGCUGAAGCAGCAUGCAGCGUUUCGGUGUGACCCCCUUUAUCAAGAUCCGUUGGAAGUGGGGACAACGAUUCCUCCAUUGCUGUGCACCAGCCAGCCGAGAAAUCCUUCUGCUAAUUUGUGAUAUUCUAAACAUAUGAAUCUUUUUGAAAAGCGGAUAUGAAGAGUGAGGUUUCUUCAGAUGCACCAAAGAGACAGGAGAACUUUAAAGGGGUGCUCCUGAACCCAGAGACUAUUGGAGCCUCUAAGAGCUUUCCUAAAGAAGUGGAAAUGAUUGCCAGCAAGGUCAGCAAUGAGUUUAACCACUUGUGCAGUGAUACCAAUAAACAACAAAGUGACUUAAAUAGCAAUGGAACUGAGCAAGACAAAAGCCUUGUGGUUCAUAAAAAAAGGAAAAGCCAGCAGGCUGGCACAUCUUAUGCUCAAAGCUGUGAGGUUAAGGAAUACCAGAGACUGUUAAGGCUUCAGCCUAAAAGUGAUGAGGACAAUGAUUCUUCUUUUAGUGACUGUAUCUCUUCACCUUCAUCAAGCUCACAUUUUGGUGACUCAGACACUAUGACUUCUGAUGAGGACAAGGACAACCCUUUAAGUAGUGUAAAUUCCACUCCUAGAACUCAAAGUGCAAGGGCCCAGAAGUGGCCCCGUCCUCACACAGACUCUGUAUCUAGUUUGCUUAUGAAGCGUCCUUGCUACCAAGUCAGCUCUCUUAGGAGGCCUCUGCACCGUAAAAGGUUUGUGAAAAAUGUCUCGUCUCAGAGAACACAGAAACAAAAAGAGCGUAUGAUGCUACAGAGGAAAAAGAGGGAAGUGCUUGCCAGGCAGAAAUAUGCCUUACUUCCUAGCUCAAGCAGCUCUAGUGAGAAUGAUCUUAGCAGUGAGUCGUCCUCCAGCUCUUCUACUGAAGGAGAAGACUUAUUUGUGUCUACUGGGGAAAAUCGCCAAGAUGGUACAACUCUGCCUUCAGGUGGAAUGGACGAGGAUGUUGUCGUCAUUGAGGCUUCUUCUACCCCUCAAGUCACUGCUAAUGAAGAAAUAAAUGUUACCUCAACUGACAGUGAAGUAGAAAUUGUGACAGUCGGUGAAACAUAUAGAUCCCGUGCCACCCUACGACACCCCCGAUCUCAUUGGGGCCAAAACUCCCAGUCUGGAAGAACACAAGAGCAGAGGACUCGCAAUAGGGUGUCCACCGUAAUACAGCCUCUGAGGCAAAACACAACUGAAGUUGUUGACCUCACUGUAGAUGAAGAUGAUCCCACCGUUGUGCCAACUACCUCUGGCAGAGUGGAGUCCCAGCCUGUCAGCAUUGUUUCCAGUCUUACCUCUACCUCAGAGCCGGCCUCUGAUUCUAUGUCGGGCCUCAUGGGAUCUGCAGUACCUGAAAUCCCUGCCAUCCCUCCAAAUACUGUGGGCACCAUAGCAGAUGAUUCCAGAACUUGUACUUCUGGCGCCAAUGCAGAUGGGGGCCCUCCAGCAAUGCCGCGUUUACCAUCUUGCUGUCCCCAGCACUCUCCAUGUGGAGGAUCCUCACAGAACCAUGUCCUGGGACAUCCCCAUUCAAGCUGUUUUCCACCGCACAGUCAUCAUUUUCCACACCACCAUCAUCAUCACCAUCACAGUUCUCACCCAGGUGUUCCUUUGUCUCCUUCCUUCAGGGACUCGCACUGUACUGUGGAAAGAAAUGCUGCAGUGCCCCCACCCUGUGGAGUAUCUAGCAGCUCAGGAUCUACCUAUCAUGACCCGCAAGCCUUGCCUGUAGAUUUAAGUAACAAUGGCAUAAGAAGCCAUGGAAGUGUUGGUUUUCAUAGUACAUCUGCAUUUGAUCCUUGCUGUCCUGGCUCUUCAUCCCGAUCAACAGUUUAUGGACAUCAGGCUACUACCAGCACUGCUCAAACCAUGGCAAUUGAUGGUUAUGGAUCAAGCAUGGUAGCGCAAGCACAGCCUCCUCCUCCAACUCCCCUCUCUUCUUGUCGACAUUAUAUGCAUGCUUCUUAUACAUCCCUUCCAAGACCUCUUCAUCACCAAACUUCUUCUUGCCCUCAUUCCAAUUCAGCUUCACAACCGCCACCACCUCCACCUCCUCCCCCACCUCCACCAAUGGAUUAUGUUAUUGCUCAUCAAGUUCCCUUUAUUUCACCUCUUCCCAGCCUCACAUCUACACAUGCUGUGCCUCCACCCCCACCUUCCCAUCAUCUUUCAGCUGCUGCAGCGCCCCUUCCUCAGCAUCUCUCCACAUCCCACCAGUCCAUGUCCCACCAUAUAUCUGCCACAGCACCAGUUACACAGAGAUUGCACGCACAUGAGGUCAUCCAGAGGAUGGAAGUUCAAAGGCGGAGAAUGAUGCAGCAUCCAACGCGCGCUCAUGAACGCCCACCUCCACAUCCUCAUAGAAUGCAUCCAAACUAUGGCCAUGGACACCAUAUUCAUGUACCUCAGACUAUGUCCUCCCAUCCUCGUCAAGGUCCUGAGCGCUCUGCUUGGGAAAUAGCAAUUGAAACUGGAGUGACUGCAGCCCCCUAUCAAACAGGUCCUUUGCAUACUCAUUUAGCUCAUUACCAUCCGCCUCCCAGGCUUCACCAUCUGCAAAUUGGGGCCCUUCCUUUAAUGGUUCCAGACAUGGCGGGCUACCCUCACAUCCGCUACAUUUCAUCUGGAUUGGAUGGAAGGUCAUUCAGAGUUCCUUUCAGGGGCAAUUUUGAGGAACUAAUCCACUUAGAAGAACGACUUGGAAAUGUCAAUCGUGGGGCAUCACAGGGGACAAUAGAGAGAUGUACUUACCCGCACAAAUAUAAAAAGGUAUCCACUGAUUGGUUCUCACAGAGGAAACUGCACAGCAAGCAAGAUGGCGAGGAAGCUACAGAGGAGGACACUGAAGAGAAAUGUACAAUUUGCCUUUCUAUACUAGAGGAAGGUGAAGAUGUCAGACGCCUUCCAUGUAUGCAUCUCUUCCACCAAGUGUGUGUGGACCAGUGGCUGAUCACCAAUAAGAAGUGCCCCAUUUGUAGAGUGGACAUUGACACUCAGCUACCUACAGAAAGUUGACAUUACCCCAAACAGUAUUUUGCCUGUUGCCCCCUUCGGUACUGCAGCCAACCAAAGAUGGCAUGAUGAAACUGCACAGAUGUGGAAGCAUUAAAUAAAUCUGGUGUGCUGGCUCUGCCUCCGUGUACAACUAAUGCUAUAGAAUACCGUUUGUAUACAGAUCAUAUGUAGGUCCUUUUUGCUGGCAGGUUACUUGUAGCAGAAAAGGAUAAAUGUAUUUAUGAUUUCCUUUACAUUUAUUUUUCUUUUACCGUUUGUUUUACUAUGUGUUUUUUUUUUUUUUUUUUGCAUGGACUCUUGUAUUGCAUUUCUUUGCACAUAUUAUGGGCUAUGUGAGCCCCUUUAAACUUGCAGGCAAGAUCUAGCUGCUCUAGUUGUGAGAAUUGUGAGUGCGUGCGAGCGUGUGUUUUUACAUAGUUCCAUGCUAAAUGAACAUAUAAUUUUAUUCAUUACUAACAGUGACAUCCUUUAAUUUAAUCAGUCAUGUAUUUUAGUUUUUAAUAUGUAAAGAUCUAGAAGAAAAAGAAGAAACCGAUGUAUAAAUAAACAUUCCUUAUUUAGGAACGACUGGCUGCUGUAAAAAAAAAAAAAAAGUGCUGAAUCAAUUAAUAUUUUUAAUGCUAAAAUCACAAUGCUUUGAGACUAACCUAGAAUAAAUACUUGCAACACGGUUUAGUUCUAAUCAAUUUCCCUAACGCAGAUCACUUUCAGCACAAAGGCAAUAUGUUUAAAUGUCGGAAGUUUAGACUGCUGUUCUUCAUUAUUUAUUUUCUUUCUUUAACACAAACGUGAUUUUUCUUCGCUUCUAUGAACCCGCUCUUACACAUUGUCCAAUAGCAAGUAGAUACUGGUUCUCCUAAUUUGGGUAAGAAACAUCAGACUAACAUUAUACUAUAGUCUUAAUAAGCAGAUCUAAUGGCAGGUGUCCAUGCAUCCAGAAAACUUUCAAGUCCCCACAGUCCCCCCACAGGAGUUUCUGAAUUAAUAAACUUUGCUAAAUGCA